UUCUCACAUUAGCAAUGAUUUAAUUAUAGAAUCUUGAAUAUGAAUGGAGAAAGAAAUUUGCAGGAUGAAAAAGUGAAAUCUGAUAACUUUACAAUUCUUGUGAAAUAAUAAAUUAUUCUUAAAGUAUAUUUUGUAAAAAAUAUAUAUAUAUAUAUAUAUAAGAAAUAUAACAUCGUUUAUGUAUUAGCACUGCUUGGUUGUGGCGCUAAGUUCUUACUCUUCGCUUUCUUAGGUGCAGUGCCUAUUGCGGCGUACACCGAGAAGGAUGGGUGACCAUCACUACCUUAUCGUUUAUAAAACAAAUUUCCUCUCUGUUUUUAUGUUUUUCUUUAAUCCUCUUCUCACUUCUCUUGUAUAAAUUCUACGUAGUAAAAUUAUAAUUCUAUUUCAAACUCUUUUAAUUUGUUUAUCAUACCCUUUGUUUAUACACACACCGCUUUUUCUACAUUCCAAGAAAUAAGUGGUUCAACGCAAAGGGAUAUCAAACCCCAAUGGCACCAUCCACUUGGUAUUCGAUCUCUCUAGAAUUUACCAAUCUAAGAGUGCCAUACAUUUUGUUUUCAUUGCAAAAAUCAAUUGCUUUCAAAAAAAUAUUCAAAAAUAUUCACGUUCAAUGGAAUUUGUAAAAUUUUCAUUUGAAUCGCAACCCACCAAAUCAUUUUCGUUAAAUUUUUAGUCCAAUUUUUUCCCAUAAUUAUCGUCACAUUCGAUGUAUAGAACGUCCGAUCGUCACAUAUUCCACUUACGAUUAACAGCUCGCUAUAAAUAACCGAUGAUGGAGAGCGUCGGAGUUCGCGUGUCACUGGAUACGCGUUACGCGUGAUGCACACGACGCGUCGCAUCGAAACGUAGCGGAAUGGGAAUGCAGAGUCGGUCAGAGUUACGUCUCUGGCGCGCACGUCGAACAAAUUCCAAUGUGUCAUUCUGGCCGGUGCACAACAACGCGUGGAAGGUGUUCGCACACGAGCCACGGGGAGCUGGUCGUGUUGUUUCGCGAAUGCGAUUCACGGAAAACGAUUUUUCUCUCGGCCCCUGCCAUUUGUGGAAAAUUUAUUCGCGUCUCGCUUGGCCGCCUGCUUUCGGUUGCUGCUCGUUGCAUUUAGGAAACUACGAUGGAAGCACGAGGAAACGCAAGUCCAACGCUAGCUAGCCGCUGGCCGCUUGCGGUUUAUCGUAGAUGUGCCGUCACUUUGCCUUAAUUAUACGUCUCCGCCUCUUAAUUGUGAAUUGUCUGGUAAUUCGGCUCGGCGAGGAUGCUCGUUCCUUAUUGCAAUUAAUAAUACUGUUAAGUGGGCGGCAUUCGACCAAACGGCCGAGAACUGUUCCUGGAAUCGUUCGUAACAUACUGAAUAAUUAUAGAUCCGCCAGUGAGAACAGACUUCGUACCAAUUCGAGAACAUAUAGCGAAAGUAUAUCGUUCAUCCACACAACAUCGCGAAAGUCUGUAAGUUUGUAAUUUGAUUUUUAAUCAAAUGUAUCCGAUCUAAUAUAUCUAAAUCUUUAUCUUUUCUUAUUUUGUAAAAAUAAACGAGUUAAGUUCGUUUUCGUAAUUACGACUCGUGUUUGCUUUGAUAAUUCUCCGAUAAGAGGAAUAAUCCAAAUAACGAUAUCGAUGAUUGACGUCAAUUCAUUGAUCGUCAUUUUGCAAUAGAAGAUAGAUCACAACCUUAACCUUCAAGUUUGAUGCAAGUAACGAACGUUUUAAUUUAAUUUAUAUCUAAUUAUAUCAUUAAACUCUGACUGAUCUUGCACGUUGGUGAAAUUAUAUACAUAUAUAAUAUCUAAAUAGAAACUCAGCCUCCUGCUUCUUCUCAACGGAUUGACCUUAAUUCGCAUCGAUCGGAUGGAUCGGCUCUAUACCUGACUUUAAUAUUACCGACUGACCGAUCAACGGAAGUGGUUACUUUGACCAUUGAACUGAGUCGUAACGCAGCCUUUCCGUGACUUACUCGAGAUUACGGCACACGUGAAUAUAUCGAGUGAAGAGUAUUUAAAACAGUUGUCCCUACGUUGUCCGUACGGACACAAUUACGCGUUGCCACGGACCCGUGCCGAGGCCACAUUUGGCGGUAGACGCGAGAGGAACGGCUGGAGAACAGACGACGGACACUGGGCGAGUGCCAAUAAUCGCAUCUCUUGGCCGCAGUUUCGACUAUACAGGGUGAUUCUCUUGCCCCGUCCACUUGAAAGCAACGUCGCCGCUCGAAUACCUCGGCGAUUGCUUCGCGUUACGGUUUGUACAACAUCAACACAAAUACAAUCAUCCGCGGUGAUUUGUUAUCAUGAUUCAAUGGAUGACGAAGCAAGCAAUGUAUACCUUUUCGCAUCGAUAGAGAUAAUUGUAUAUUAAAUUUGCCGCGAUAAUUCUUUUUGAGUCCAUAAUUCUUUCUGAAUCAUCCUAGCAGUUUUGAGACGUUGAUUAAACGCCGCGAUCGAGCGCAAAAGAUGAGCGGUGGUGUUAGCAAACACCGUUCUAUUUUCCGAAUUAAAUUCGAAUUUCACCAUGGCAGCCGUUCCGUCGCACGGAGGGCGGAGAUUUCUCUCGAAACGUGCCAACAGCUGCCCCCUCCCCCUCUCCUUUUGUUUCCCCGAGAGACGAUUUGCAUGCGAGCAGAGAAAAGAAAUUCGCUUAACCAUAUACCGGGGAGAGGGUUGUGCGUUUCUCAUAUUUCAGUCUUCCGUUGUGACAGCGGCUAGACGGGGCCGAAACGAUGGUAGAUUCGCGAGUCGGUUUAAAUUAGGGAGUCUAGACGCCUCGGAAAUACCACGUGGACCGCGUCAUGCUACAUCCACCGACUUCCAAUUCGAACGUUCGCGCCUCCGUGCUUCCGUCGAUUGUAUCUGUGUUGGGGGAUCUAACUGGUGUAAAAAUUUUCCUGUACAACGUUUAAAUUUUUAGCCCGUGUUCGUUUUGUUUUCCUUAUCUAUUUGCGAAAGAAUAUUGGGAAUUUUAAUAUUCUCCAAAGUUUAGUCAAAAGAAGGUUGGGGGUAGCGGAAACUUUUUGCAAUCAGUUUAUCCUACAUUGGAUUAAAACUGGGAACCGGAACCGUCGCUGUUUCUCUAAUUAUUUGCCGGGACUCUUAAUUAAUCCUUGCAUCGAAAUUCCAUUAACAACUGGAAUAACUGGAUGCGUCUAAAUAAAUCUCCAGCUUUUAAGAUUGCGUGAAAAUGAAUUUGAUUUCGCCGGAAGUUUGUAAAGAAAAGUUUGUAAAUAAAGAACUGUAAUUUAAAUGCAACUUGUUUAAUAAAGUUUUCAACUGACUUUUAUUUCCGAUAAUAAAUUUUCUAAAUCAUUUCAUAAAACGAUUCAAGUUAUUUCGCCUUCCUAUACUAUUAUACUACUUAUUACUAAACCUAGAAGGCAUUAAUUAAAUACCUGUAAUUAUUUUAUUUUGCCCAUUUUAUUUCACGCUUAAUAGUUUGCAACCAGGAAGUUGAUAAAAUAAAUUAAAUCGAAUAUUCCUGCAGCACAGGAACAAUUUAUUCCACCCUUUAGUUGUGCAACCAUGGACCAUCCUGUUGCAACAGCCGGUUCGAGGCCCUUCGUAAAUUCAUUAAUGAAAAAUUACGACGAAGGCGGUAUAGUAGCUUCACUUUCCCCCAUUCUCGACUGGCGCAGCGUUGUCUCGUGGUCGGUGAUACCUAUCGGCGUCGUGUGGCGGCGCCAUGAUCGCAUGGCCGCCCUCAGUGUUCGCGAGCCUCGCUCGGUGUGUGUUUCGUGGCGCGGUUGUCGUCGUCGUUGUUGCCCGUUCAUCUGGUCUCCGCUUGUUUUUACAUGUUACAUCGGUGCAGUGGUAAUUAAUUCCGUCGCGAAUCCGUCCCCACGCGAAUCAACCAAUCUGCCGUGUAUACCGCGUCCUCGCGAAUUCGUCUGUUUUUCACGAACAUCUCAACGCGAGACGUUUCUCGCGUUUGUGUCUCUCUCUCUUGUGCGCGACAGCGAGAGAGCGUGUGUGUCAACUUUCGUGUGCGUACUUCUCCGUCGACGUCGUGUCGCCGUUGUAUUCUUCGUCGUCGUAGUCGCGAUCGUGCUCGUCGUCGUCGUCGUCUUCUCUCGUGCUAAGUCGUUCGCAGUUCGUGGCAUCGUGCCUCUCCACAAUUGUGCCUGCAUAGCUCUGUCUCUCUUCUACGUGCCUCUGUGCGUACGCGCGUAGUAUGUGCUUCUGUGUUUAUAAUAGUUGCGUCCUUUCUCUCCGUCUCGCUCUCCUCUCACCUGCAGCUAGAAGGCACACAGGUGUCCCGUGAAGGAGUGGCGACGCCUGCCGUGAAUCGUCACCACUGUGAUAUUACGUCGAGAGGAGCUCUCGUGACUCCUCCAUCGAAUCCUGCCAUCCGAAAACAGCCAUCCACACUGCCCUGGAAUUGUCAAGACGAUUUCGUGGAGCGUCGACCGAGCCACGGAGUGUCUCGUGGCCAUCGCGAGAGAAAAAAAAGCGCGGAAGUCUCGCGUUUUCUUCCUUCCGUUAUAAAUAAAGACCAACUUGGAACCGACUUUCAAGAGUCAUCCUCUUCGUGCCGGCCAUUUUUCAUACAUAGAGUGCCAUAAUCGUCCAAAACGAUUUAAUAAGAGAAAUUUUUGCCAAAUCAUCGACACCAUUGAAAUUUUCAAACGAUCAAGUGAUACGGAAAUCCUGCCAUCUUGAAUAUCUGUUAUACCUUUUUUUAUCUAGCAAUAAUUAAGGAUAAAGGGGAAAGAAGGAAAUUUUUAGAAAAAGUGCAAGUGACAAUCAAGCUCGAAUAAUUUCUAUCGUUAUCUAUCUAUCGAAAUCUAUCGAAAUCGCGUAAAAUCAACGGAUAAUCGGGUGCAGCGAGCUCGGUAGCCGCUGCCAGAAGCGCAUAGUGGAUCCCAUAAAUUUUCCUCGGCGAUCGUGAACGCACUAAACGCCGAGCCGUGGAGCUGCCUCGAAGUAACAAGCGACGCGAGCCGACCUCUCGACCGGGCAGUCGUCAGGAUGUUUCAGCUGGCCAGCAGCCGGUAGCUUCGUUGCCGGGCCUGGUUGCGAUCCUCAGUCCUUGGAGGCGGAAAAAGCGGGGCCGUUUCAAGGAUCGGCCGUCGACGAUGUCCAUACGCGUGAGCGGCGUCUAUUUGGUGCCAAGCCCGGCGGCCAACAACGAGCCGGCCAAUGAAAAACCGAGUAACCUGUCGGUGGAGAACAAUCUUCACCAACAGCAUCAUCAUCAUCAUCAUCACGCGGCGAAGACCGUGACGAUCGUCGCCGGACCACAGAGGAGCAACAGCCUGGAUUAUUUAAAUUUCGAGGAAAAAAGGCAGAUCAUCGCGUCGUCGUUAUCGUUGAGCGAUUUUUUGGCUCAUGGACCGGCAGCUGCUGCCGCCGCUGCGAAAGAGGUCGCUGCCAACACCGUCAUUGCGAAAAAACAAAAUGGGGCGGCAUUGCGAACGAACAGUUUGGGCUCUGGGGCGCGGACACCACCCCUCGAGAGGAAAAGCAAAUUUUCAGCCCUCGGUAGACUCUUCAAACCCUGGAAGUGGAAACGGAAAAAGAAAUCGGAUAAAUUCGAGGCUGCCUCAUUGUCGCUCGAGAGGAAAAUCUCUGUACGAGCAAGCAGAGACGAGCUGGUACAGAAAGGAAUCCUGUUGCCUGUCAUAAGGUCCACGUCGUUUCCCGAAAAUGAGACGGGUGGCGACUCGCCGGACAGCCAGAAGCCGCCGACGCCGCAACAAACGCCCCAGCAGCAGCAGCAGCAGCAACAGCACCAGCACCAGCAGCAGCAGCAGCAGCAACAAGCGAACAUUGGGGGGAUCGGCGGUGGCGGGGGUGGCGGCACCCCUGCAGCAACACCCACAUCGGCCGUGGGCACUGUGCAGCAAUCCCAACAAUCCCAGCAAGUAGCAUCGGCCACGCCGACCCCCACGACUGCCAAUCCGCAUUCUACAGGACCGCCCAGCAAUCAACCCUCGCCUCAUCCCUCGCCCCUUUAUCCGGGGAUACCGCAGCCUGGCCAGCCCAACGGCAACACGCAAGCUUCCACAAGCAGCCGGACGCCCACGCGUCUUCGAGGCACGAUCGUGGCCGUUGUGAUCUCCCUCGGGCUGCGUGCGCAGCCUUCGCGGCGAUCGGCCCGCCACCCCUCGGCCGCGCGUUCGGCGAUCUUCGGCCGCGUUCGGCCGGCCCGCGACAAAGAAAGACGAAGAGCGGCAGAUCGCUCAGUACGGUGGACGCUCUUACGCGGAGCGCACCUUGAGUGGAGUGUGGAUUGUACUCGCUUCCGUCGUGCACGCGCGCAACUGGUGAUCGAUUCGCACUUCCGCCACCGGUCGGCCUCCUCCGAACUCUGCGAGAUCUGUCAAGGUCAUACGGUGAUAGCGAAAAUAUCGUCCCAAGUUUCAGAAUCUUCUCGUCGCGCAUCGGCCGAUCUCUGGAUCCAUCCGUCUCGUGGAUCAACGGGAGGAGGGAGGAUCGUGGAAAUCCAACGUUUUCGAGACGAGGACUCGUUCUUCCCUGUCCAAAAUCUUCUCUCUACGUUGACUCCACGAUCGAUCCUGAAACGAAUCGACGAGGUGGUAAUCGAGCGAAUACAUAUAAUAUCGGAGCGACGAGUGGAGCGUGCAAACACGAAAUCCCAAAAGGAGGAGAUGAGCGGAGUCGGUUUCCUGGCGGCCGUGAAAACGUUCACGCCGGGUGGCCGCCGACGUAGACGAUGCGAGAAGCAGCAGAAGGUGCUGGAACUUCCGCCAGGAUACGCGAUGCAACCGGAUGUGGUGCCUUGCUGGGACGCGGCGCCGCCUAUUACGCCACCGGCCGCCUUCCUUCCACCUGGAUACAAGAAAGGGUUUCCAGAGCCGAAGAAGGAAAAGACUGAACAGAGUGCAAAUGGCGCGGUAUCGCCGAGCGGUGAGCCGCAACCGAAUCAGGGCACGGCUACGACCGGUAGCUUGCCGAUCUCGGCCGCGCCCCCGAAUUCAGGGGACCAGCAAAAGCCGAGCAGGCCGAACACCCUGGAAGCCAGGGUGGUGGCCAGGAGACUGAUCUUGUUCGACAUGGAGAAGGGGGUCCUAGACCAAAGCAGCGAGAACCAGCAGGUGAUCGAGAGGUGUUACCCUCUUCCGCCCCAGAACACGUUGAUGCUGUCGGAACUUCCGGAACCGCCGAUUCCGCUCAGCGAAAUCGGGCCGAUCCCACCCCCUCCGAUGUUCAGCUCCUCGAGUCCAACCCUCUUGUUGGCCAAGCAACGGCAAAUAAGAAACCCUUUGUCGUCGGACUACGAGGACGAAGAAGACGAAGAGGACUUCGACGUGGAGGAGGAGGACAACAUGUACGUGCCGAGGAUGUCGCAGCCUGAUCCAACCAUCGAUACGUCCAGAGUGGAGGAGAUCCCCGCGAAGGAGCCUAAGUUUCACGCGGUCCCUUUAAAGAGCGUUCUGAAGAAGAGGGGUUCCGGAAGUGGGCCUGGCACGCCCCAGAACACGCCCACGCAGGAGAACAGGCCGUUGACCCUUCGUCAGGAGCUGCACGCCUCCUUCAAAAGGCCACCGUUGAGGCCUAGGAUGAGAAUAUGCAGUCGACCGGUUAGAUUCGGCCUUGCUCUUCCAUGCACCCUCGAGAACAAGGAGAACGCGAGGCCGUACGUGAUAAGGGAGGAUGCGGAUGGCGAUUCAGGGGACGGACAGGUGCUCUACAGGGACGAGUACGACGAUGAGAAAAGCCGGUUGGCAGCAAAGAUUGCGCGCAAGGAGUCGCUGUCCCUGAAACUCGCCCUGAGGCCGGACAGGCAGGAGCUCAUCAACAGGAACAUCCUUCAGCUGCAGACGGACAAUGAGAGGCAGGAAACGAAGGAGGCAAUUGGUGCCAAGCUCAUCAGGCGGCUGAGCAUGCGACCGACCCAGGAGGAACUGGAGGAACGAAACAUUUUGAAAAAGCAAAGUCCUGCGGAGGAGAAGAAGCAAAAAGAAGAGAAGAAGCGGUAUCUGCUUCGAAAGCUCAGCUUUCGACCGACGGUUGAAGAGCUCAAGGAGAAGAAGAUUAUCAGGUUCAACGACUACAUCGAAGUCACGCAGGCUCACGACUACGACAGAAGGGCCGACAAGCCUUGGACGCGGUUAACUCCUAAGGACAAGGCAGCCAUUAGGAAGGAGUUGAACGAGUUUAAGAGUUCGGAGAUGGCCGUUCAUGAGGACAGCCGACACCUCACCAGGUAUGCUGGCGGGAUCGUGAUUCGAUUUCUAUUUUUCUCGCGUUCUACGUUUUUCUUUCCUUUCGAAAUAAAUUUAUUUACCUUUUGGAAUGAAACUUUGAUUAUCGAAAACUUUAAAAUAAAAUAACUCCCGAACCGCUAGAUAAGAAUUGGCCAACUUUGUAAAUGAAAUAAACGAAAAAGACAUUUUUCGUUCCAUAGAGGUUAGAAAUUUAUUUCACGAAUCUCUUUUGUUCAAUCACGAUCAACCACGCCAACCAAAAUUCCAACAGCUCCAACUCCAACGAGACCCCUGAGAAUAUUUGUAUUCUCCUCGGUUGCAGGUUCCAUAGGCCAUGACAAUUGCAAUGUGUUGAGGUGCUACAGUGUGGUGCGGGUAUAGGUGAAGGUGCAGUGUGGUGGCCUCGCGUCGAGGCUGGAUAAAAAAGAAAAUUUAAAAAAAAAAGGACCGCCCCCUCGGUUGAUCGUGGCUACCGAGGGGUAGUUUCACGUGGGAGGGGGGAAAGGGAGGGGGUUGGUUAAUACUAUACACCCGUUUUAACGGGUAAAUCGGGCGACGGUGGUUUCUUUUUAUGACGUUGCUGCGUCGUGUUGUCAUUCGUCGUCGUCCUCCUCUCGUCGUCAUCGUGCCCAUCGUGCAUCGCGUCUUCUGAUCUUCAUCCUCCACCAUCACCGGGUCAUCCGCCAUCCGCGCUGACGACGAACGUCUCCACGACGUCGACGAAGAUUUGUGAUAGGGUGGCCCGUCCCAGUCGAGUAAAUUAAACGAAAAGGGGGAAAGGGAAGGAAGGAAAAAAAGAAAAAUAAAUGAACGAGCGAGGGAAGUCGCGUCGGGUCACUCGCUGAUUUCUUUAAAAAAAAGAGGAAGAAAAGGCUCGUUCACACCUGAGCUUAUUCCAUAAAUAAAGUUCGUCCUUAUCGUAUUGGAGAACCGUAUUGUCCAGCAUGAUGAAUAUCUUUUUGAGCAAUUUUGCAUUCUUUCGAUGCCAAAAAUAAAAAUAAAAAUAAAAAGUAAGGAUAAAAAGGAGAAAGGAGUGGAAUAAUAAUAUUUGGAGAAUAUAGAAGGUUAGAUAAUCCCAAUUUAGAGAAUCAAAAAGAAGCGUUGUUCUACUUGUAUAAUAAAUAAGGCACGUAUUUUGUACGAGCGAAGUUCGUUUCGUUCAAGAACGAAAGGGUGGGAGGGAGAGGGAUUGAUCGCUCUCGACGUUGACGCUCCUCCUCGUCAGCGAAACUUUGCUGAAGCUAACUCUCUCAACAAUUUAUCGUUAAUUACACUUUUAUCGACAUCUAUUUAGAGAAGAAAGAGGAAGAGAAAGAGAGAGAGAGAGAAGUAUGUUUGAGAUAAAACUUUCGGAUAAAUUUUAAGAUAAUAUGCGAAUUAAACACAUGUAUACAUUGGAUGUAGCUAGAUCGAUGACAAACGAUAGAAAGGUAGCGAUGAUCUAUGAAGAGAAUUCUUUUAAAUGAUUCUUCUUCGUCGAGAAAAUUUCUUUGGCGAAAAAAAAAAAAAAGAAAAAAGAAAAACAGGAAUAAAUAACAUAUGGCGUGAGCUCGCGUGUGAACGAAUCUUUCCAUAGAUUGUAAAACACCAUAAAAAAAAAAUUCUCUUUUUGCCAUCAAGCUAGCUCGUCAGUGUCACCUGGCAUGAAACGCGUAUACGUGAAAAAAAAAAAACGAUUCCUAAGGAGAAAUGUUUUAGUCACCCUUUAGCGCUCGUGUGUGAUAAUAUCUUGCGGAUAGUUUGCAAAAUACUCAAAUUCGACGUGAGAAACGAGAUAUGUGUGCAUCACGAUAAAUAGUUAAAGAAAAAGAAGAAAAAGAAAAAAAAAGAAAAACGAAGAAGAACGUCGAUAAGGAAAAUUGAUUUAGCUUUCGAUUUAGUUGUUUAAAAAAUAAUGCGUUAGUGUUUGAGAUAUUUUUAUAUGUUGACGUUUAAAGUAAAAAAAAAAUGAAAAAAAAAAGAAAGAAAGAAAGAAAGAGGGGGGAAAAAAAAAUAGAGAAUUAUUAUUAUGAAAGGAAGAGAAAGAAUUUUUUCAACGAAAUAAUAAGCGAACACUUCGUUGUCUUCUUUUUUUAUCGACGAAAUAUAUUACGAACAAAAAUUAAGGAAAAAUAUUUAAGAGAAAAAUAAUACGACAUUAGAGAAUAUAACGGAAGCUUGUGCGGUAUAAUGGCGGCUAUUAUGUGAUUUAUCGAUAUAAUUCCACGGACCGUGAUUUUAAUCAACUUUUUAAAUCGCUAACCCGUUACGUAGUUUAAUUAUAAUUAAGCAUUGUUCCAUUUUUAUGCGCGGACAGAGGCGUGUUAAUAUCAAGUCGAAACAGUGUGCGAAUAAUAUCUAUGACAAUCUUGUUCGAAUUGACAAGACAAACUAUUUUUCCUUUUUACUGCCAGGUAUCACUAUUUCUAUUUGCGGAGCUGCCUUGAGGAGCAAACGCUUAUUGACAUAUACUAUAAUACACACACUCACACACAUACACACAGACACACAGAGAUAGAAACAGUGAAGAAAGAAAAAGAAUGAAAAAGAAAGAAAAAAAGAAGUAACGUGUGAAAGUAAGUGGAGAAAUAAUAAAAUAUAAAUGUAAAACCUCAUUUUUUCUCUUUCUCCCUCUCUCUCUCUCUCUCUUUCUGUUCUCGGCGAACAACACGAUGAGAGAUAGAGAGAGAAAAAGAAAAAAUAUUGGAGAAAGGAAGAAAAAUGCAUUGUGCAAUUUUACACAUACACGUACACGUACUUUGUACAGAAAUAAUAUACAUAGCGCGUAUUUUAGUGGUUAUUAUUAUUGUUAUUAUCAUCACUGCGAUCCUCGUUGAUUUUCGAUCACGCGUUUCGAUCGUGGAAGCAUCGAUCUUGAAACAAAAAGAAAAAAAAUAUAUAUAUAAAAAUAUAUAUAUAUAUAUAAAUAUUUGUCUACGAAUAUCGGAUAUACCCAUCGAUAGUUCUUCUAAAAAUUGAUCGAGUAGAGUAGAGAGAGAAAAUCGGUGAUUUAGUAAACACGUAGACAUUGUAAUUAAUUGGAUUAGAUCAAAAGAAAGCGUUUUCUUACGAAAGAGGAGAAAAAAAAAAAAAUGGGAAAAUCGAAACGUGUUUCGAUGUCUUGCACGCUUAAAUGCCCCUCCCCUCGAAGCUUCCUGUCUCUGCAGCAUGUGAUCGUCAUAAAGCUCGCGUCGAAACCAAAUCGAAAAUGGGAAACUCGUCGAUAUCUUCUGUUUCGAUGAACUUCGUCGUGAUCGAGGAAUAAUAAAAAACGAUUUUUUUAAUUGUAAUUUAUCGAAUUUAUUUAAAACAGUGAAACUCGUACCAUACCAUUUCUAUUUUAUGCAUUUUUCUUUUAAAUUAAUUUAUAGAUAUUAAAUUUUGUGAAAAAUUAAUAAAAGAGUAUAAGCACUAAAGUAGUAUCCAAUCUUUUUCGUCAAGAAAAUUUUCAAAAAUUUUCCAAAUAUUUGGAACUCGAUCCUCGAACGAAUCUCCAUCGAUAUCGGAAAAUUUAACUCGAGUUUCCCGCUGCGGACGUAAGUCGUUACAGCGUGUCGAUUCUAUCCUUCUAAAAUAGUAACUUAGUUUUAACGAUCGUCCAAUGGGGUGAGAGGAUCGGAUGAUCGAUCUCUCUCGUAAACCCGUAGGUGAACUCAGUUGUUCGAUACUAUAAGCAAAGCAAAGAAGCAAAGAAAAUUAAAAAAAAAAAACAAACAAACAAACAAAAAAAAAGAAAAAAGAAGUAAAAAAAAGAAAUAAAAAAGAAUUUUUCAACUUCGCGAUCGAGAAGGUGUCAGGCAGAAAGGAGAGGACGAUUGAGAAAGGGGGGAAAUAAGAGUGAAAUACGAAGACCUUCUCUAAGCUAGAACCACGGAGACGCAGGUGAUUAAAGGAACAAUGUAAAAUAGGGAGAUGAAGCGUCUCUCUCGUUCCAUUGGUCGAGCGCUGUGGCUACCGUGUAGUCGAACAAAUAUAUCCAUUAAUUUCCGGAUUGCCUGAUGCGUGUUGUAUGUGUGCACCGUAUGCGUGAGAGUGUUUUAAUUAUAUAUUCGAGAAUAGUUGAGAAAAUGCACGAGAGUGAAGAACGAGCGAGAGAGCAACGUUGAAGGUCGAUAGUAUUUUUUUUUUUUUUUGAGGAGGAGGAGGAGGAGGAUGAGGACGAGAAUGAAAAUGGGGAAAAAAGUCGAGGAGAGAGCAUGGAACAAAUGUGAAAUUCUACUCGACGACGUUUUCUCAUUUUCCUUUCUUUACUUUUUUCCUCUGUUUUUUCUUUUUUUUUUUUUUUUGUUUUUUGUUUAUAUAUAUUUUUCUUUCUUUCCCCGAAUAAUUUUUCCACCAUUUUCGUCGUAGAGGAGCCACUCUCGAGGACGGAUGAUUUAGGAGCGACGUGUACAAAACACGAAAAGCGAAACAUAUAACGAUUUAAAUAAGUAUAAACGAUUGUAAAUAAUUAAACCGAGAGAGGAGACGAGGCGAUUUUUUAGGCGUGACGAAUGAUUUAAAAAAAUAAAAAAAAAAAAAAGGAAAAAAAGAUUCAAAGAUAAAAAAGAGAGCGCAUUGUAAAACACAUCGCAGUAGUGAACCACGCUACACGCUAAACGAUAUUACGCAUGGCAGAACGAGUGAAUAUACUUAUAAAUAUUUGAUAUUAGAUAAACGAGGAUAAAAAAAAAAGAUGAUGAAGAAAAAUGACGCCCUAAACGCGAGCGAUACACACUAUAUACAUAUAUAAAUAUUAUACAUAUAUACAUAGAUAUAUAUAUAUAUAUUAUUAUAUCGAGGCGUACAAGCAGUAUGUGCGUUUUCCAGCACAGAUAGUUGGUAUUUUGUGUACAAAAAAAAAAGAAAAAAUAAGAAAGAAACAAGAAGAAGAAGAAGAAGAAAAAGAAGAAGAAAAAAGAGGAAGGGAAAAAAAAUUUUUUGCGUAAAAGCAAAACCGGAUGAACAAUUGUUGGAUAUUUUCGCCGCGCCCUGUCCAGUCUGCGUGAUUAUUAUUAUUUUUAUUAUUAUAUUAUUAUUAUAUUCGAAUUAUUAUGAUUCUCUAAUUAUUAUUCUAUUAUUAUUAAUAUUAUUAUUAUUAUUAUCUAGCAUGAUUUGCGUAGAAGAGGCGCGAUGAAAAGAUAAUUUGUCACAGCGCUGACAAGCGUCACUUUUCGUGUCGAUCGUUCGCGAUGAUCGAACGAAGACGUUCCCACGUUUUCCCAGAGCAAACCGAAAAUGCAGAUUAUUCCCCUCUCGCAACGAAGAUUAUCCUCUCAUAUUAACGAAUGUCUCUGCCACGAUCGAUCGAUCGAUCGAUCGAUCGAAUCCAUCGAAAUUCGCCAUUGACUUUUUUGCUCUCCGCCAUCUUUGCCAUUUGUGCAAUUUCGAUUUGCUCUUCUACAGGUAUCCUCGAUUUCUUCACGCUCCGCGGAUAUUUGUUAUAAUCUAUUCUAAUAAUAGUACAACGUGUAAACAUCGAUUUGUUUGUUGAAAAUAUGAAAAGAUAUUUGAGGAUUCUAUCUCUUCAUUUUUAAACGUACGAUAAAAUAUAUUUGGAAAAGAAUUAUAAAGGGAUAGAAAUAUAAGGGAUAUUGGUUUCUAUUUUAAAAUUUAUAAAUUUAUAAAUUAUUCGUCAAUUUUUUCAAAGAAUUCUAAAGAUAAAAUCCUUAACCGUGUCGCUUUAAAUUUCUCGUCUGACAAGCAUAUCUUGAUUAAAAAGGAAUAAAAAAAAAGAAAGUAUCCAAGUUAAAUAUUAAUUAAAUCGACAAUUUAAAUCCAAAAGCAUCGUUUACCAAAUGAAUCCAAACCUGAGAGAAUUUGCGCGGAGCGUGUUAACUCGAGGGCGCCAUCUACACAGCGAGAAGGUGGAAUUAAAAGAGGGGGAAAUGAAGUGAGGCUGUAAAAAAAAAUUGUCGCGGUGGCCGUGGCAAACAUGGCCGAUUCUACUUGUAUCAUAAUCUCUUACGAUAGUGCGCUAUAAUUAAACAAUAACGAAGAAAACAGUAACAACAAUAAGAUAACUCGUAAUUUAAGGGAGCGUGAAGAGGAAUGAAAGAGCGAGAGAAUGCGGAAGAACGUAUGUAUGCCGAUUAAUCACGUGCGACGAGCAAACCGAUUUAGCGAUCGAUCGUGAUCGCUAAGAGAAGCACCCUCGUAGCUACGAACGGGCUUUUCACGGCUUUCAGUCGCUGGUCUCGCGAUUUUCCUUACUUCUGCUCAACCUUGAUCUCUCCAACGAAACAAUUUAUUCACCGGACGGAUUUUCGAACAAUUUAAAAAAAAAAAAAAGUAGCAAAAAACGAGGAGAACCCGAAAUGGUCUCCUCCCUCUUCUGUGGUGGAAAAUAGAGUUAGAGAAGAAGAAAUAUAGAGACGAAACAAAAGAGAACAAAAUGGCGCGAGACCAGUGUCUGCGGCUAGCCCAAAGGAUUUUUACCAAAACGACUCCGCGAUUCGCGGAGUGGAAGCAGUUAUAUAAAAAAAAAAGAAAAAAAAUAGACGUAAUUAUUGAAUUUCGUUUCGAUUUUGUAAACGAAGUCGAGUGCGCGAAGUCCAGCCGGCGAUUAACCGUGCCUCCUCGAAGGGCUCGGUUUUAUGUCGAGAAAAAUAAAUAAAAUGGCGACAACGUGUGUUUUCGCCGGCUUUUCGCGGAUGGCGAAUUUUGUAAAACGCGGACGCGUCCCGCGAACGAUCUCUGGCACGUCGAAAAUUGUACGAUCUCAUUGAUUUUAAGCAUGAAACAUUUUAAUUAUAUAUUUUAAUCGAAUUCCCUUUUAAUCGAAUAUUGAAUUUUUUUAAUCGACUUAUCUACAUAUUUAUAUACGCGUAUUGACUCUUGAUAAAAUUAUCGUAUACCUAUAUUUAUUAUUAUUGUUUAAAACAAAUUUGUCGCGUGAAUCGAAUGAAUGAUAAAACGUGAUUUUCUUUAAAUUUUAUAUUUUAAGAGACCAGUCUUAUUUUUUUUUAAAAUUGUUUCUUUUAAAAAUGUUAUUUGAACAGAGAUUUGUUACGAUCCUUCAAAUUACAAUGAAUUGUAUUAUUUUUGAGGGAUGUUUUUGUCGAAGAUUUGUCUUUUUUUUUUUUAAUAAUAUUAUACCUUUUUUCUCUUUUUUUUUUUUUUUUAUACAUAUAUAUUUGUAUUUUAGAAGAAAGAAAGAAACAUUCGACCAGUGAUCGCUUGCGGACGCGUCAUUCGGGACGUAAUAUGAAGGAAUGCGUUGUAUUAUAUAUCGAGAAACCCUCUAAGUGUAAGAAUAAUAAUGUAUAUAUAAUUAUUAUUAUACCAUAAAAACUUCGAUUGAUUGCACUCCGGGGAAAAGGAACUGUCUCCCGCUCCCAACGUCUAUGAAGAAGGAACAAAAAGCGAAAAAAUUGAAAAAUUGAAACGCACGAAAAUGAACGAAGACGAAGCAAUCUUCAAAUCUUCAAAAAGAAAGAUUUUAAAAAAAAAAAAAGAUAAAACGUACAUUCAUGGAUACAAUGGGGAAGAAAAAUGAAACGAUAAUAACGAUAAAAAAAAAAGAAAAAGAAACUGUUCUCACGAUUGAUUUCAAAAUGAAGAAACGAAUAAGAUGAAGAAGAUGAGGAAAAAAAAAGACGCUGCGUUUUUCGAUCCAGAUUCGUUUUGUUUUUUGUUGUUAGUUUGUACGCACUACGAUUUAUCGCAAUUUAUUGUAUUAUCGAUGAAAUACUGUAACAAAAAUACUGUUAACUAUUCUUAAAAAAAUUAAAACUUUUGUAAACUGAGA